CUAUCGUCGAACUUCCAUACACAGCAAUUCUCAACCUCGAUCCAUACAUGCAGCUGGGAAGACUCCCCCUCACGGACCUGGUCUCCUCUCCUCGUUGACCCACCAUCUCCAGCCUAGCCCCCAAAAUCCUCACCCCCUGAGACGGUCAGAGCGCUCUCCUCAACCACGAAGCCACAACCCAAGGCCGCAAUCCUCAACCAGCAAACAUGUCCUCGUCGCACUCUACCCCCUCGAAAGCCGCCACAGCGAAAUCAAAAUCCAAAGCCUCAUCCUCCUCACGCUCCUCAUCCCGCAUGUUCACACCGGUAAUGCAAGAUCGCCAAGCCAGGAACAAGGACCCUUACGCCUCGACUGAUGAAUCGAGUGAUAGCGCCUGGGAGGGCCAGAAUAGGAAAUUUGACGUCUACAGCAGAGACUCCUUUGCCAGAAUUCAGAGGAGGAGAGAAGCCGCUAUUGUGCUGGACAAUCCGGAGUUGCUGAUGAUGCACGCACAAGCUCGAUCCGAUAGCAUUCCCGGGACUCGCCACUACUUCACCAAAAUCCUCUGCGGUUAUGAAGAUGAGAAGGACCCUUAUGCGCCGCCCGGAGUCGAGAUAUAUGAGAAACCCAAAUUCAGACCGAGCAAGGAGGCAAAUGAGACCAAGAGGAGUAUGUAGCGCAGGGUUGAUGGAAUCUGGAGUUCAGGGAUGGCAUUUGAGUUCCGAGGGAAUGGUGGAAGGUUCAUGACAUGGCGGACCACGAAGUCCAUGAUCGUAAUUAAUAUCAAAUUAGCUGGUCUAAAGUCGACUUGGGGAAUUCUCUUGCGUUCUGGUGAAAAGGAAUUGCUCGGAUCAGAGCGAAUGAACUUGACUCUCACACCGAAGCAAUCUGUUAUCAAGGGAUAUGUGGUCAAUUAUUAUCUACAGUGACU